UUGAGGAUUCGCCCAUCCUCGUUCCCCUAGCUUUUAAACGUCAGCAACAACUCAGCGUCAAAACACAGUCGCCUCUCUCUCUCUCUCUCUCUCUCUCUUCUUCGUCACAAACCUCCCUCUCUCUCUCUCUCUCUCUCUCUCUAUUCUUCGUCACUCCCCAUCAUAAUUCUCUCUCAAUACUGUAAAAGAAAAGAAAAGAAAAUGGGAGGAACAGUGAGAGAUGUGCAGUCGAAGGGGGAGCUUGACAGCGUAAUCAAGGAAGGGUCAGCCGGUAUCCUUCACUUCUGGGCUUCUUGGUGUGAAGCUUCCAAGCAAAUGGACCAAGUCUUCUCCCAUCUCUCCACUGAUUUCCCUAACGCCCGCUUCUUACGGAUUGAAGCUGAAGAACAACCAGAGAUCUCAGAGGCUUAUUCAGUUUCUGCUGUACCUUAUUUUGUUUUCUUCAAGGAUGGAAAGACUGUUGAUACUUUGGAGGGUGCAGACCCUUCUAGUUUGGCCAACAAAGUUGCUAAAGUUGCAGGGCCCAUCACCCCAGGGGAACCCGCAGCUCCUGCAAGCCUGGGGAUGGCUGCAGGGCCCAGUAUCCUUGAAACGGUGAAAGAAUUAAACAAACAAAACGGUUCAUCUCAAGCGGAAAUCCAAGUCCCCCCUGGCCUUACUGAUGGACUGAAAAAGCGUCUCCAGCAGCUUAUUGACUCUCAUGCUGUCAUGCUUUUCAUGAAAGGAACUCCUGAGGAACCCAAGUGUGGGUUUAGCCGGAAAGUUGUCCAAAUAUUGAAUGAAGAAAAGGUCAAGUUCGGAAGCUUUGAUAUCCUUUUAGAUAGCGAAGUUCGCGAGGGGUUGAAAAAGUUCUCCAAUUGGCCAACUUUCCCUCAGCUGUACUGCAAGGGAGAGCUUCUUGGUGGGUCCGACAUAGUGAUAGCUAUGCACGAAAGUGGUGAGCUAAAAGAAGUUUUGAGAGAUCACGGAGUUGGUAUUUAUGAUUCGAAUGAUGCAAAAUUAACUGAACCUAAUGUUGGACAGGGUGGUGUAUCCGAGUCUACUGGCUUGGGUGCAACCCUAACCGCCCGGCUUGAAGCUCUAGUCAAUACAAGCCCAGUUAUGCUAUUUAUGAAGGGGAAACCAGAUGAACCCAAAUGUGGAUUCAGUCGGAAGGUGGUGGAUAUACUUAAACAAGAGAAGGUGGAGUUUGGGACCUUUGAUAUUCUUACUGAUGAAGAAGUUAGACAAGGUCUCAAAGUUUACUCAAACUGGUCUAGUUAUCCUCAACUGUACAUAAAGGGAGAACUCAUUGGUGGGUCUGACAUCGUGCUGGAGAUGCAAAAGAGUGGAGAACUCGAGAAAGUAUCGGUGGAGAAAGGGAUUACUGGGAAAGAGACUCUCGAGGAUCGGCUGAAGAGGUUAACUACGGAUUCUCCAAUAAUGCUUUUUAUGAAGGGUACCCCAGAUGCUCCAAGAUGUGGUUUCAGCUCCAAGGUGGUGGAGGCACUUAGAAACGAGGGUGUCGAUUUUGGGUCCUUCGAUAUUCUAAGUGACGAGGAAGUGAGGCAGGGGCUGAAGGCGUUCUCAAACUGGCCAACUUUCCCACAGCUUUAUUACAAAGGCGAGUUGAUUGGAGGUUGUGAUAUUGUGAUGGAGCUGCGGAACAAUGGUGAGCUGAAAUCUACCCUCUCUGAGUAGCCAGGGUUGAUAUGAUCGGGUAAAGCGGAAUAAAAUUCUACAUUCCAGUUUAGUUCCUGUGUCGACGGCAUUUAGCAACAUUCGAAGUGAUUUGAAAGUCGAUGUUUUUUUUUUCUUUUUCAACUCACAGAUUGAUGCAUCCUGCUUGUUUGUGGCACUUUUAAGCUUAUAUUGCUUACUAUAUCACUGCUUGCUUUUAAGCUUAUAUUGCUUAA